GUAUUAGACUCAUGGGCUCAAAAAGGAGAAGGGCUACGUCCCCCUCUAGUAGUGUCAGUGGGGGGGACUUUGACGAUGGACAGCCCUCAUCCUCAGCAUCUUCAGUAGGUCGGAAAAGGAGAAGAACCUCAAACAUUCCAACUGUUGAUCCAGUAAGUUCAGUUAACAGCUUUUUUGUGUGGAAGCAUUGCAUUCCGAUUGAAAUAUAUUGUGUGUACUCGACUUCUGUGGUAAUGCCUUUCGGAUAAUGUCUUACCCCAAAAAUGAAUUAUUGAAUUUUGUGAACUCUAAAUCCGCAGUCAAACCCAUGUGUAGUUUUUGAAUAAGUGUUCAUAAACAUUGUUGUUGCCUGUAUUGUUUUGUAUUCAUCUACAAUGUUUUGCCUCCAGAUUGCAGUAUGCCAUGAAUUGUACAACACAAUCAGAGAUUAUAAGGAUGACCAGGGAAGAAUGUUAUGUGAGCUGUUCAUAAGAGCACCCAAGAGACGGUAAAGAGGAUGGUUAACAUAGAAUGGGUAAAAAAAAUGUAUAGUUUCCAUUACUAAGAACAUAAGCCUCAUUAAAUUAACUUUCUACUGUGUUUGCUGUGUUGAAGGAAUCAAUCGGAUUACUAUGACGUUGUGACUCAGCCCAUUGACAUGAUGAAGAUCCAGCAGAAGCUGAAGAUGGAGGAGUACGAUGAUGUGGAGCAGAUAACGGCUGACUUUCAGCUCUUAUUCAACAAUGCAAAGGCAUACUACAAGGUAAUAUAUCUCUCCCUGUAAUAACAAACACAUUCACUGGAUUCUUUAGGGAAGACAAAUCAUGUUUACAAGUCAUGUUUUGUAUGAAGGGAGUUUAAAUAAUAAAUGUCCAGUGUAGGACCUAAAACCUGGAAUUAACCAAAUGAAAGGGAAUGUGUUGCAUGUGUGUAGUCAGAUUCUCCAGAGUACAGAGCAGCCUGUAAGUUGUGGGACCUCUACCUGCGUACCAAGAAUGAGUUUGUUCAGCGGGGGGAUUAUGAUGACGAUGAUGAGGACGGGGACGAUGCACAAGAUAAUCCCGGAGGGUCCAAUGAGGAUGAGGUAACACUAGUAUGCCGAUGUAGCAUGAAAAGUAUUUUAUUACAUGAAAACAUGUUGACUCCCCUGUCACACAUGUAGUACAUGUAAACCCUCAAAACAUAGCACGAAAUGGCAAAUAAAUGGAAGAUAUCUGUUCACUCUGUUGAACUGUAAGGGCUUCUUAUGACUGUGUUUGACUUUGAAUGACAGAAUGCACCCAGUUGCCUGAAGGAGGUCCUUGAGCAGCUGCUGGAUGCGGUGGUGACGUUCUCCGAGCCCUCAGGGCGUCUAGUCAGUGAUCUAUUCCAGAAACUGCCCUCUAAAGUGGUAAGAGAACCAUUAUCUCAGAAACUGUGGCUCUUUGCAUGUUUUUGUGAUUAAUAUUUAUAUAUUAUACAGUUUGAUUUAUUCCCCUCAGCAAUACCCAGACUAUUAUGCCAUAAUAAAGGACCCAAUAGAUCUGAAAAUCAUUGCCCAGAAGAUACAGGUAUGCUACCCAACCAUCUGACUGAAUGUACUGUAAGUGGUUAAAGUAACACUACAGUGUGCGUACAGUAAAUCACUGGUCUAUUUAUUUCUUAGAUGAGCCACUACAGAAGUGUUGGUGCCAUGGCAAAAGACAUAGAUCUUCUGGCUAAGAAUGCCAAAAUGUACAAUGAGCCUGGGUCACAAGUGUUUAAGGUAUGCUGUACUAUAGAAUUCUGACUCAAUUCUGAAUGUAUGUCAGUUUUGUUUGUUAUAACUCUCUCAUUCUUAUAAAUUUAAGGAUGCUAACACCAUCAAAAAGAUCUUUGCACAGAGAAAGACAGAAAUUGAGCAUGCUGAGCCAAUCAAAUCCAGUAUUCGCAUCAGGCAAGUAACACCAUAGACAUUGUAGAAAGUAGAAUUUACGAGUCAAACAAACAACAUGCAACAUUUAGAAGCAUAUUUCCAUGAGUUAAACAGCUGUGUGUGUGUGUCAGGAACAGAAGGUCAGCCCAGGGAGACCGGCUGUCGGCUAUUACCAUGGCUCUUCAGUAUGAUAGUGAUGACGAUGGCAUUCUGGCUGGUACGUCUCAUUGGUCUUCACUUCAACUAAUUUAAAUGUUUUGGCUCUGCAUUAUCAAUCCUAUAAAAAAAGAAGGAACAUAUAAGAACAGAGGGGACAUUGCAGUGCUAAGUAAACUGUCGUAUGAGGGUUUGUCAGAAUACUUCAGACUUCAUCUGUCUGAUUCAGUUGUCUCUCUCAUUGCCCAGGGUCUGUCCACUAUGACGAGGGGGAGUCGGAGGCAGAGAGCAUGCACCACAGCAUGGACAUGAGUAACCCCAUCUUCCAGCUGUACGAGGCUGUGCGGGGCGGCAGGAACAGCCAGGGCCAGCUCAUCUCUGAGCCCUUCCUCCAGCUGCCCUCCAGGAAGGACUACCCAGACUACUACCAGCAGAUCAGCCAGCCCAUCUCCCUGCACCAGAUUAGGUAGGCCAGCCAGUGGAAGGACCUCUGCUAAAUAAAUGGCAGAUUGUGUAGUUCCACAAAAUAGGUUAUUUGAAACAAAUUAAUGCAAGUGUGAUUUAUGUAAUCUGGUCUCCAAGAUGUAUGUUUUGAACAUUUUAUUCAGGCUUCAUCAUUUUCCCAAAUCAGUUGCUGUAUGUUUUGUGUGGCAUGACAUGGCAUGAGCUGUACAGUGUAUUUCUACCCUAUCCCUUUCCAAGUGUGAGAGCUCUUAAUUCCCCACACACAGGAACAAGAUGAAGAACAAUGAGUAUGAGAGUGUUGAUCAGCUAGACGCAGACCUCACUCUGAUGUUUGAGAACGCCAAGCGCUACAAUGUGCCUCACUCCUCUAUCUAUAAGCGUGUGCUGAAACUCCAGCACAUUCAGCAGGUCAGUCGGUGUAUGAGCUGCCAAUGCUGAAACCCAAGCUCUGCUGUAGUUGUGUAUCAGCAUCUGUAUGGUUUUUAGUGGGCUGUAAAGUGUCCUAUGGUGAUUGUUGGGUGUAACAUUACUGGAGUAUUAACUAACAAUGAGAUGAUACUGCUGCUUAGGUAAUCUGGUCUCUCAGGCCUCUCUGGUGUUAAAGGUCCCAGUCAUUGAAAAUUGUGUUUUUCAUCAAAUUGGAUGAUAUUUGAAUGAAACCAGUUCAAAGUAGUAUGAAAAAUUACUGUAGCUGGUGCAUUGAUAAAGUUUGAUCAUAAAGUGUAAAACACUUGGAUUCAGGAGGCAGGCAUUACCAAUGAUUUACUUCCGGCUUUAUGCAACGUCAUAUAAAGCUGGAAAUUUAAUACACCAAUGGUAGCGUCUUAUCAUCUUAACUCAUUUAAAUAUGUACCGCCUUAAAACCGGCAUCACAUGUGAGCCUACGCAGAACAUACGACCAAAUAUACUGGUAACAUUUAAUCUGUGGUGUGACUGUUGGCUAGCAAUCUACUUACCAGCAUGCCGUCAAAAGCACACUGUGUUGUGACUGGAUUUCAUAGUGUAAAAUUAACCUUACGCUAUUUUCCGAAGAAUGAAGACAUCUGACAGCAGUGGCUGCUUUUCGUUUCGGGUGGACAGGCUGCACCGAAAAUUAUUAUCAUGUCACGUGUGUGCAGUGCACAUUUAUAGUGAAGUUACUUUAUCAAUUGGGGAGAACAUUCGAUAGGUCUUGCCAGGAAGCUAAUCCUGAGGACGGAAUCUGUACCAUCAUUGACAGUGGAUCAGUGGAUCUUGCAAGCGCUGACCAUAAUGUAAGUAUCAGAGUUUGAUGAGUCUGACACGGUAGCCAACAUUUUGGGGGGACCGGGGGUCUAACAUUAGAUAAUGCGGCUGUGGCUGCUUUGACUUGUGAAUGAUAUAUAUUUUGCGUAACACACCUGAUAGUCACUAUGUGGUUUUGGUUUUUCCAUCCCUAAACCCCCGACAUUGAGUCUUAGAACUGCUGGCACGAAGGAAGGUUGUCCACAAAGGAGUUACGGUGUGUAUAGUAUUUGUAAUUAACCCCUGAAAAUCAUAUUUUGCCAUUCCAUUGUGUGGGUUGUUGUCUUACAGUUGAUGUAGCUUGUGUCAUUGGGGCCCUCUCCGGUUCUCUUUCCACUAUCAUCACGCUGUCAUGAUAGACAUUUUAGAAAAUUCAACAACUACUCUGUCUGCACAGCUUCCCAGGCUACCACCGCAGCAGGAAUGCUGGGAUACAAAAUCAGCUUUCCCAAGGCAAAGAAGGGGGAUAUGCUGUGACGCCUGUGAAGACAGACCCAACAUACUGUAAGUCAUAGUUAUUCAUUUCAAAUCUGCAUUAAUUGAGCAUUUCAGGCACACAAAAAUUCAAAAUACAAACAUUGAAAAGUUUCAAAAAAGGUGCACGACCAAAUAUUGCAUAUUUCAAAUUCAGUACUUCAAAAACACCAGAAAACACAAUGUAGAAUGAGUAGAUCACUUCAUCAUGAAUUGAUAGCAUUAUAACUCAGAACAGUAAAUAAAAGGAAAUUAAAUUCACUACCCAUUUAACAAACAUUUCCCUUUUCAAAAACAUUACAGGCUACGUAGACAGGCUCCUGGAUCUCCUCUUCAACGAGGUCAUCCUUGAUCCAGCGCCGUAUGUGGGGAAGCUGUGUGAGCUGUCCAUCCCAGGACCCCUGUCUGCCCAGUGUGAGAGGCCUGACAAGGAGGAGGCCAUAGCUGGAUUUGUCUCCCGCUUCAAUCUUGUGGGUGAUUUAAGCCUGCUUAAUUGAAGCGGGGUACAAGGGUCCCCCUCCUCUCACGCUCUCCAUCAAUCUCUGUAGUUGGUUGUAUUUCCUAAAGCCUAAGUAAUUCACUUGUACGUGAUAUGAUAUCACAUUUAGUUUUUUUCAAGCGUUCGGACGGGGUGUUACAAAGUGUGUAGGGCGGCCGGGUGACUAUAUUAGGCUAAUGGCUCUAAUAUGUUUUGUUAUGUCAAAUGAUGUCUCACCAUUAUUUCUCACCUUUAUUUCUCAUGAGUGUUCAUGUUGAUCAAUAUUUAGGCAAUGCUGGCCAAUUGUAAAUAAAUGUCUGAUCAAUACGUACAAUUCUGAACAUAUUGUCAUUUAUAAUGCUAAUGCAGAGGCACCAAUAAAUUGUCCAGUACACUUAUUGUAUGCUGUUUUCAUGUAAUUAUUACUAAUUAUUGUGAAGAAACGUAUCAGUGAACUUUAUUCUGUAAUUAGUUACAAAAUAAUAGAAAUGCAAUUGUGUAUUGCUGCUGUUUGUCUGAUAUCCAACAGUCCAUGAUCAGCUCUGUUGACCAUGAAAGCAUUUUGCAGAGAAAAUGGGUUGAGGCAUCCCACUGGGCACCGAUGUCAAUUCAACGUCUAUUCCACGUUGGUUCGUGGAAACAACGUUGAUUCAACCAGUGUGUGCCCAGUGGGAUACUAUUUAGGCUCGGGAUGACAUGUGGCCCAUUAUUUAUCUUGUCAUCAAUGACAUGUGGCCCAUUUUUUUUUACCUUAUUACCUUGCAAUGACCACAAGGGUGUUUCAAAGAGCUGUCAGUCAAGGCGAGCUCAUGAAUAUAAGCUCCCUGCCCACUCAGCCUGUUCUUUCAAGCUUCCUGAUAGUUAGAGAUGACAGAAGGUACAAUUUCUUAAAUUCUGAGCAUUUGAAUAGAGUAAAAAUAUUAUGGGUGAUGUUUUGGUCAUUGAAAGGCUAUUUUUACUUGGAAAAUAGGAUGACUGUACAGGACCUUUAAACAUAGGUGAGGUCUGACUCACUGUCCUCUGUCUGUGUUACUAUGCAGUAGUGUCUUGGGCAGUGUUCUCUAUGUACUGUACUCAGUUGCAGUCAAUUAUUUUGUACUGUACUCGGUUGCAAUCAAUUAUUUUGUGGGUAGUUGCAUGUUUUACUUAUAAAUAGACAGAAGAUGAAAUAGUGGACCUGCCAAACCAUGAUGGCUUUUAUGUCUGUGAGUACACUACCUUUGUGUAAGUAGAGAUAUGUUAAAGAGAGAGAUAAUGAGAUGGGGAGAGUUAGAGGUGGUAGUUUAUAUUCAUGAACGUGUGGGAGGAAGCGCAGCUGGUUGAUAUUGGUGUGUGUGUGGUUUUCCUAGCUGAAGAGAACGGAGCUAUUGAGGAGGGAGGACGACAGCAUGGACGGGGACAGCAUGCUCUCUUCUACCAUGUCUGAUACUGGCAGCACUAAGAGGAAGAGGUACGCACUUCUUAUUUCACCUUCUCAGCAGAGGUAAUAGCAAAUGCCAGGCUACUUCUGCAAAAAAGUCCCUGUACCUUUGGUUGAUAUAAUUCUUGUUUGGUGCAUGAUUAAAUGAUGAAUGUCUAACUUCGGCCAGCAUAUCAUUACAUUGUUUUUUUUAAUGAUCCUUCAAGACAAUGUUUCCUUCUUUUAACUAACCCACACCCCUGUGACCACCAGCCAUAAGAAGAACACCAAGAAGAACCGGAUGAAGGCCCUGUACUCCGCAGUGACGGAGGCCCGGGAGAUGGGCACUGGCCGGAGGCUCUGUGAGCUCUUCAUGAUCAAGCCCUCCAAGAAGGACUACCCGGACUACUACAAGAUCAUCUUGGAGCCCGUGGACCUGAGGAUCAUCGACCACAACAUCCGCUCUGAGAAGUACACGACGGAGGACGCUCUGCUGGAGGACAUGAAGCUCAUGUUCCGCAACGCACGCCACUACAACGAGGAGGGCUCACAGGUGAUGGGCCAACAGGGAUCAGACUACGGCCAACGUGAAGUGUGCAUACUAGAUUAUUUAGCAGUAACGUACUAGUCUCUUACCUUUAAUCAUGAAUCAUGAUUUAUAAGGUCGACACUACAUUUCCGUAAUGUCAGCAGUAUGCAGUGCAGCAGCUACAGUGAGGGAAAAAAGUAUUUGAUCCCCUCCUGAUUUUGUACGUUUGCCCACUGACAAAGAAAUGAUCAGUCUAUAAUUUUAAUGGUAGGUUUAUUUGAACAGUGAGAGACAGAAUAACAACAAAAAAAUCCAGAAAAACGCAUGUCAAAAAUGUUAUGAAUUGAUUUGCAUUUGAAUGAGGGAAAUAAGUAUUUGACCCCCUCUCAAUCAGAAAGAUUUCUGGAUCCCAGGUGUCUUUUAUACAGGUAACGAGCUGAGAUUAUGAGCACACUCUUAAAGGGAGUGCUCCUAAUCUCAGUUUGUUACCUGUAUAAAAUACACCUGUUCACAGAAGCAAUCAAUCAAUCAGAUUCCAAACUCUCCACCAUGGCCAAGACCAAAGAGCUCUCCAAGGAUGUCAGGGACAAGAUUGUAGACCUACACAAGGCUGGAAUGGGCUACAAGACCAUUGGCAAGCAGCUUGGUGAGAAGGUGACAACAGUUGGUGCGAUUAUUCGCAAAUGGAAGAAACACAAAAUAACUGUCAAUCUCCCUCGGCCUGGGGCUCCAUGCAAGAUCUCACCUCGUGGAGUUCCAAUGAUCAUGAGAACGGUGAGGAAUCAGCCCAGAACUACACGGGAGGAUCUUGUCAAUGAUCUCAAGGCAGCUGGGACCAUAGUCACCAAGGUAACAAUUGGUAACACACUAUGCCGUGAAGGACUGAAGUCCUGCAGCGCCUGCAAGGUCCCCCUGCUCAAGAAAGCACAUAUACAUGCCCGUCUGAAGUUUGCCAAUGAACAUCUGAAUGAUUCAGAGGAGAACUGGGUGAAAGUGUUGGGGUCAGAUGAGACCAAAAUGGAGCUCUUUGGCAUCAACUCAACUCGCUGUGUUUGGAGGAGGAGGAAUGCUGCCUAUGACCCCAAGAACACCAUCCCCACCGUCAAACAUGUAGAUGGAAACAUUAUGCUUUGUGGGUGUUUUUCUGCUAAGGGGACAGGACAACUUCACCGCAUCAAAGGGACGAUGGACGGGGCCAUGUACCGUCAAAUCUUGGGUGAGAAUCUCCUUCCCUCAGCCAGGGCAUUGAAAAUGUGUCGUGGAUGGGUAUUCCAGCAUGACAAUGACCCAAAACACACGGCCAAGGCAACAAAGUAGUGGCUCAAGAAGAAGCACAUUAAGGUCCUGGAGUGGCCUAGCCAGUCUCCAGACCUUAAUCCCAUAGAAAAUCUGUGGAGGGAGCUGAAGGUUCGAGUUGCCAAACGUCAGCCUCAAAACCUUAAUGACUUGGAGAAGAUCUGCAAAGAGGAGUGGGACAAAAUCCCUCCUGAGAUGUGUGAAAACCUGGUGGCCAACUACAAGAAACGUCUGACCUCUGUGAUUGCCAACAAGGGUUUUGCCACCAAGUACUAAGUCAUGUUUUGCAGAGGGGUCAAAUACUUAUUUCCUUCAUUAAAAUGCAAAUCAAUUUAUAACAUUUUUGACAUGCGUUUUUCUGGAUUUUUUUGUUGUUAUUCUGUCUCACUGUUCAAAUAAACCUACCAUUACAAUUAUAGACUGAUCAUUUCUUUGUCAGUGGGCAAACGUACAAAAUCAGCAGGGGAUCAAAUACUUUUUUCCCUCACUGUAUGUCUUUGGCUCUAAAUGCCCUCAGUUUUACCACUGACUACUUGCCAUUGUUCCAGGUAUAUAACGAUGCCAACGUCCUGGAGAAAGUCAUAAAAGACAAACGGAGGGAUCUCGGCCCAACGCCUGACGAUGAUGACAUGUCACCAAAGUUGAAAAUAAGUACAUUGCUGACAUUUUGGCUUAAAUCAUUCAAAUACAGUAUAUGGAUGUCAUUCUAGUCUAGUCGUUUCGCAUUAUCACUUCAUCCCCAAAAUACUAAUACACCCCCCCCCCCCCGCUGUAAUUCCAGGGAAGAGUGGCAUCACCCCUAAGAAGUCCAAGUACCUGACCCCCCUGCAGCAGAAGCUGAACGAGCUGUACGAGGCGGUGAAGAACUUCACAGACAAGCGUGGCCGCCGCCUCAGCACCAUCUUCCUGCGGCUGCCGUCGCGCGCCGAACUGCCCAACUACUACAUCGCCAUCAAGAAGCCUGUGGACAUGGAAAAAGUCAGGAGCCACAUGCUGGCCAACAAGUACCAGGAUGUGGACGCGCUAGUGGAGGACCUGGUGCUGAUGUUCAACAACGCCUGCACCUACAAUGAGCCUGAGUCUCUGAUCUACCGCGACGCUCUGGUGCUACACCGUGUUCUGCUGGAGACCCGCCGGGACCUGGAGGGAGGCGAGGAUGCCCAUGUGCCCGACGUGGCCCGCCUCAUCCAGGAGCUCAUCCGCAGCCUCUUCGUCUCCGUGCUGGGUCACCAGGACGACGAAGGCCGUUGCUACAGCGACUCGCUGGCUGAGAUCCCUGCUACUGACCCCAGCAGCCCCGACAGACCAUUGCUCAACUUUGAGAUAAUCAGGACAAACGUGGACCGGGGACGCUACAAGAGACUGGACGUGUUCCAGGAUCACAUGUUUGAGGUGCUGGAGAAGGCCAGGCGCAUGCACAGGUGGGGCACAAUUAGGAAACAGUGUUUGCCUUUUUCUUUUCUUUUCUCUGCAUUAUUUGGGUAAUAUCAACCAUAGAGCUGAUUUGUGUGCAUUUAACAGUUAGAACAUCCUAUGAAAUUACCCUGGGAGUGAUAUUUUAAGUAUACGUGAUUGUCACUCCAGGACGGACUCUGAGAUCUUUGAGGAUGCGGUGGAGCUGCAGCAGUUCUUCAUCCGGAUCCGAGAUGAACUGUGUAAGAAUGGAGAGAUCCUGCUCACCCCCGCUCUCAGCUACACCUCCAAACACCUGCACAGCGACGUGGAGAAGGAGAAGAAGGAGAAGCUGCCCAAGGAGAUAGAGGAGGACAAGCUCAAGAGGGAAGAGGAGAAAAAAGGUUUGCGCUCACUCUGACACUCUGAACCUAGCAACUUGUAGCAAGGCAGAUAGAUAUACCUAUCCCACCAAUCAAUCAUAGCCCCGUGUAGCUCAGUUGGUAGAGCAUGGUGCUUGCAACGCCAGGGUUGUGGGUUCGAUUCCAGUAUAAAAAAAUAAAAAUGUAUGCACUGGAUAAGAGCAUCUGCUAAAUGACUAAAAUGUUUUUUAAAAAUCAAAGCAGUGUCAACAACAGUUACCCAGUGGCAUCGGUUAUAGGACUUUAGUCAUCAUUAUGCCCCUACGAAAUAGUAUUUAUUGAUUGACUGAUUAACUGAGUUGAGUUGUGAACCCACAGAAGCUGAGAAGAGUGAGGACCCUGCCGGAGGGGCGUGGCAGUCUGGUCUCCAGCGUACCUACAGCCAGGACUGCAGCUUCAAAGACAGCAUGUACCACGUGGGAGACUAUGUGUACGUGGAGCCUGCUGAGCCCAACCUGCAGCCGCAUAUCGUCUGCAUUGAGCGCCUGUGGCAGGAUGAUGCAGGUUAGUGCCUUUGCACAUCCAUUACUGAAAAGCAUUAGUAGUGAUUCUGUAUUCUAUUUGCAUUUUGUUGUGGAAAUGGUCCGACUUGUCACAUUCAAUCAUUCCAUUUGCUGUAUGUGUUCAGUUUGACUGCUUCAAAAAGCAUGCACACAUGGUUAAUCAAUUGUGCUGUCCUUUUGUAGUAGUAUUGCUCUGUGUACUUCCCUCCCCAUUCCAGGUGAGAAGUGGCUGUAUGGCUGCUGGUUCUACAGGCCAAAUGAAACCUUCCAUCUCGCUACACGCAAGUUCCUGGAGAAGGAGGUCUUCAAGAGUGACUACUUCAACAAGAUUCCUGUCAGCAAGAUACUGGGCAAAUGUGUUGUCAUGUUUGUCAAGGUACUAAGCUCUUUUCUAUUUCCAUUUUCAUGUUCCAGCUCUUUCUAAUGUGGUUUAAGCAUAACACGUUUCAAGUGAAUCAUUGUAUGUAGUUUGACCUUGGCUUUUGUUUUGUAACUGAUCCCAGGACUACUUUAAGCUUCACCCAGAGGGCUUCAGGGCAGACGAUGUGUAUGUCUGUGAGUCUCGCUACUCAGCCAAGACCAAGUCCUUCAAGAAGAUCAAGAUGUGGACCAUGCCCCUGAGCUCUGUUAGGUUUGUCCCUCGGGGCGUACCGUUGCCUGUAGUCCGUGUUGCAUCCAUGUUUGCCCCUAAGCAAGAAGAAGAGAAGCCAGCAGAGAUACAAGAAGAGGGCAAAGCCUUGGACACUAUGGAUAAGGUGAGUGGUUGGAAAAUCUUGGGCAAUAGGAAUUAGAUUCAAUUGGAUUAAUAUGUGAUCCAACAGAGUGCAAACAAAGACAACCUUACUGCAUGUGUAUGUGUAGGAGAGGGAGGAUGUAACCCUGGACAUGACCAAUGGGGAGCCAGGCUGCCAGUACUAUGAGCAGCUCUGUUACAAUGACACCUGGCUGAAAGUGGGAGACUGCAUCUAUAUUCGCUCACAUGGACUAGUGCGCCACCGAGUGGGCAGGUAGGGUAAAUACAACUCGACAAACACAUUUCCCAGAAUGGAAUGUUGCUUGAUAUAUAGUUAUUAUUUAUUUAGUAUAGUUGAAAUAAAGUGGGUUUUAUUUUUAUCUGACAGGAUUGAGAAGAUGUGGAUGCGGGACGGAGCGGCCUACUUCUUUGGGCCGAUCUUCAUCCACCCAGAGGAGACAGAACACGAGCCCACCAGGAUGUUCUACAAGAAGGAAGUGUUCCUUAGCAACCUGGAGGAGUCUUGCCCCAUGACCUGUAUCAUAGGUAUUCUCUCUGCCCUGACAUAGGGUCCCCUUUUGACAGACAGUAUUAUAAUGUUGAUGCUAAGCUAUGUUAUUUUCAAAUGUUGAUAAGAGAAGCAAGUUUAAGUGCAUGGGUUGAUUGUAUUUCACUGGGCAUGUGCCAUGCUUAUAUACCUCUCUGUUCACUUGUUCCACAGGGAAGUGUGCAGUGUCCUCUUUCAAAGAGUACCUUUCGUGCCGGCCCACUGAAGUGCCUGAGGAGGAUGUUCUGCUGUGUGAGAGUCGCUACAUCGAGAGUGAGAAACAGAUGAAGAAGUUCAAGGGCCUGAAGCGCUUCUCCCUCUCUGGGAAGGUGGUGGAGGACGAGAUCUAUUACUUCAGGUGAGUGGCUUGACUUUUUACUUACCUCAAGAUACUGUCACAUAAUCAGCAAUAGUAAGAAACCAUUCCAAAACGCAGUAAAACAGAAUUGAGUGACCCUGAAUGGGUGAGUUCGGAGUCAGUAACAAACACUCCUUUUAGUUAAGGUAGAACAGAACACAACACCCAGGUGUAACUGCACCCAGUGUACUCCACAUGUGUCCCGUACAGGAAGCUGAUCGUGCCUCAGAAGGAGCCAUCCCCUCUGCUGGACAGAAAGAUCGCAGUGCUGGAGGCUAAGUUUGCCGACAUGACAGACGAGGAGUUGGAGGACCUGGGGGAGGAUGAUGGGGAGCUGGGAGACACCUCCAUACCCCAGCUCCAGAGCCCCAUGGCAGGCAUCGACAUGGACAUGCCUUACACCCCUCCACAGGUCAGAGCAGCAACAUACACUGGGCAAAUGUGUGGUCAUGUUGUGAAGGUAAAGCUCUUUUACAUUUGUCUCAAAAGUUAUUGGUAAGAUCGUCGCACCCUGAUAUAGACGUGUCAACUGAAUCGCAUGCAUCCUGAUUGAAACAAAACAUGUCUCAAAUGAUUUGCAUGUUCAAGGUGAGAUUCAAGAAAAAGCCCUCUUAGCCAUCCAGUUGGGGGUGUGUAUAGCAAUGACAGUAUAGAGAUCACAUGACAUACUCUCCCUUACUUGACUGCAGUCCACUCCCAAGUCCAUGAAGGGGAUAUCCAAGAAGGAGGGCUCCAAGAGGAAGAUCAACAUGAGUGGCUACAUCCUGUUCAGCAGUGAGAUGCGUGCGGUCAUCAAGGCCCAGCACCCAGACUUCUCCUUCGGGGAGCUCAGCCGUCUGGUGGGCACCGAGUGGAGGAACCUGGAGUCUCCCAAGAAAGCGGAGUAUGAGGGUAAGAGAUCUUACAAAUGUACUUAGGCUGUGGUAGACUAAAAUUGACUGUGGUAGUUUGUUCAAUGCCCCUUGCAGUAGUGUCUCUGUAAAUUCCCUUGCAAAAAGUUGUAAUAGUAUGUGUUGUGUUUGCAGAGCGAGCAGCUAAAGUGGCCGAGCAGCAGGAGCGGGAGAGGGCGGCCCAGCAGCUGGCUUUCCCUAGAGCAGGUACCAUUGUAGGGUGCUGAUGGGGGUGGUGCCUCCCCCAACCCCCAUGGUGUUGCUUUAUCCCAGCAUGACAUGUGUCAGGUAUCCCCAGGGGGAUGCAACCCCCUGGAGACACUUGGAGCUGCAAUAAGAAGCUGUACCUUUUUCAUUUACUUAUCACUUGACCCUUGGCUCGUCUUUAUUCUAGUACUGUACUAUCCCCUAUUUUCAAUGAUACACUGCUUCAACAUUUAUUUAGAAGCUUACCAGUUUCACUGCAUCAUUCUACCAUCAGUCUGAUUUGAAGUAGUGCUUGUGAUUUGUGAAUUAAUUGCAUGUGUAUGAAUGUCUGAUUAUGGAAUAUCAAAUAUCCUAAAUCUAGAUUGAUGUUUAGUAAUUUAGCUAGUGCAUGAUCUCUGCUAGGUAGUUGCAUGUUGCACUGAUGCAUGCAUCUGUUCUGUUGCUAUACCCUCCUCCUCCCCAAAGGCAUGAUGGGUACAUAUAUGCCACACAUGAUGCUGCAGGACCUAGUUGACGGCAUGUUUAGUAUGACUGGCAUGCCACCACAUCACAUGAGGUUGCCUCUCUUGCCCCAUCAUCACCUGAUGCCAGGCAUCCCCGGGUUCCCUGGCAUGCCAUACCCGGGUAAGAGCAUUUUCACAGCCACCCUACCUGCCACGCCCCUGCAGAUGCUUCCUGUCUGCCACUCUAACUCACUGGAGGGGCUACCUGUAACAUAGGCUGAGGUCCUGUAGUGAUACUCAGUCGCUGAGUGAUUCAUCAACAGGGUCAUGCAUUGCUAAAUGAUAUUGUAACAAUGGAAAUACCGUUUUCUGAAGUACCUUUAUCUUGAAUGCAGAUUGUCCCUGGGAGGCUGUAAUGGCCCAAAUUGGUCCUUCUCUUAAAAGAGCAGUAGUAAAGUCAGUAGUACACAUCACAAUCCAAGAUGGCCAGCUGCUGACAGCUGUGGUCUGGAGCACUCUGUGACUGUUAAUGCCUUCCUUACAGGUGUCAACACGGGUGCUCCUGGAGCCUAUGGAACCCAGGUAAUCUACACUUCUAUACAAUUGUAUUUAAGAAGAGCACAUAGACUAAAUGCUUGUUAUUUUAUUACUCACAUCUGUAUUUGAGUAUGAGAAGUAAAGAGGCCUUUGCCACUUUUUUUUUAGAUGAUUGGUCUUGGGCAGCAGGCCCCGCCACCCUAUCCAGGACAGGGCCAGCCUGCCCUCCAGCAGCCCUCAACACCCAUAUUUGUAGCCCCGCCACCCAAGCCCAAGCGCCUGCUCCACUCGGAGGCGUACCUGAAGUACAUUGAGGGACUCAAUGCAGAGUCCUCCACCAUCAGCAAGUGGGACCAAACUCUCUCAGGUGAGUUCUCCUCACUGAAAGAAAGUGAUUUACACCACAACAAAUCUACAAAUCACUUAUACAGUAUGUCAGUGAUUGGUGUAUCAGUAAAUUACCUUAUUGAAUAACAGAAAAAACAUAUAUACAGACAGUAGUGUAAUUUAUCGAGUCACCUGCGUAGUGUAUCAUUAAUGCAUGUAUCAUUUCCCAUGAUUAAUGUUUGCAUUAAGAUCAGAGCAGAAGUAUGUGAGUGUGAUGACCUUGUGUAUGUGUUCUGUAUGUGGACAUGUUUGAGCAGCUCGAAAGAAAGAUGUGCGGCUGACCAAAGAGCAGGAGAGCCGGCUGCCGUCCCAUUGGCUGAAGAGCAAGGGCGCCCAUUCCACGAUGGCGGACGCACUGUGGCGUCUGCGAGACCUGAUGCUGCGCGACACACUGAACAUCCGCCAGACGUACAACCUG